AGCACUGCAUCGGCUGAAUAGCGCAGCCCCCAUUUCAGCACGGGUGUGCGCGUCUCACUAGUACAUCGGUCAUCCUCACGGGUUCGCUUUAGGUACAAUCGCCGCAUUGUAGAUUUUAGAUAAAAUGCCAUUGCAAUGAAUCAAUGAAUGGAUACAGAGUGUUGGAGAAAUGGAAAGUACUUGCGCGCAAAGAUCAUUUCAGAACCACUUUCGGUGGACAGCGCAACAGAUUUUUUUGGUCCAGAUAGGAUCCUGAUGUGGAAGAUUUUUAAAACAUUUUUUACUGGCAAUGUGAUGGAGUUUUUUUUUUUGACUGAAAGACAGCGUACCUCAUCUGAUUAGCAAGAUACCAAAAAUAAAUCAGCUUUCGCCUGGUUCGAGUUGAUAACACAGGAGGUUUCGGUCGAUACGCAAUAAAGAACGAAGAUGACCUGACAGAACGAUCACAGUCUGCUGCUUCUGAGAGGAAGUAACUCUGGUGGGAAAAGCCUCAGAAACAGAGAUCUCUGAUCAUCUCUUCUGGAUGAAAAUUUGAAACGCCUGUGGCACAGAAGAAUAAUUGAUUUAUGAUUAAUCUUUAACCUUUAAUCUCACAUAAGAGCUGUCUUCUUGGAUGGAAAGGGAUAGGUGUGGUACAACAGGUGCCUAUACAUACCCACAAAUUGAUUAGUAUAAAACAUGGACCUUAAAAGACAUUGUUACCAGUAACAACCAUUGUAAUAAUCACCUUCAAAUCAACCAAAAAACUUCCCUAACACAGACUUGAGUUAAAAACUGGACUGUUGAAAUGUCUUCUUCCUUAGUGACAGUAGGUGGGCAGACCAUCAACUUGGGUUUGUGCUUGUUGGUUCUUCCCAGUCUCUUUCUUGUCACAAUGGCAGCAAGACCCAAAGGCCCAGGGCAUACUCAUCUAAACUCUAUCCGCAUCGAUGGAGACAUCUCCCUGGGAGGCCUGUUCCCGGUCCAUGCAAGGGGCCACAAUGGAAAGCCCUGUGGGGAGCUGAAGAAGGAGAAGGGCAUUCACCGGCUGGAGGCCAUGCUUUUCGCUCUGGACCGCAUAAACAACGACCACGAGCUGCUGCCCAACAUCACACUGGGGGCGCGUAUUCUGGACACCUGCUCCAGGGACACACAUGCUCUGGAACAGUCCCUCACCUUCGUCCAAGCGCUCAUAGAAAAAGAUGCCACGGAUGUGAAGUGUCAGGGUGGGGGGUCUCCUGUCAUUACCAAGCCGGAGAGAGUUGUGGGGGUGAUUGGCGCUUCCUCCAGCUCUGUUUCCAUCAUGGUGGCCAACAUUCUGCGCCUGUUUAAGAUCCCCCAGGUGAGUUAUGCUUCCACUGCCCCAGAGCUGAGUGACAACACUCGCUACGACUUCUUCUCUCGGGUGGUUCCUCCAGACACGUAUCAGGCCCAGGCCAUGGUGGACAUUGUGCGAUACAUGGGCUGGAACUACGUCUCCACUGUUGCCUCAGAGGGGAACUAUGGAGAGAGUGGUGUGGACGCUUUCAUCCAGAAGUCCCGUGAGGACGGGAGCGUGUGUAUCUCUCAGUCAGUUAAAAUUCCUCGUGAGCCCAGACCAGGAGAGUUUGACAAGAUCAUUUUCCGGCUGGGAGAAAACCCGAAUGCUAGGGUGGUCAUUAUUUUUGCUAAUGAAGAUGAUAUAAGGAGGCUACUGCAAGCAGCAAAGAAUGCCAAUCUGACCGGUCACUUCUUAUGGGUAGGAUCAGACAGCUGGGGCUCUAAGAUAUCUCCCGUGCUCCAUCAAGAGGAGAUGGCAGAGGGAGCAGUCACCAUCCUUCCUAGACGCCAAUCUAUUAAAGGGUUUGAUCGUUAUUUUACUAGCCGAACACUGGAAAAUAACAGGAGGAACAUCUGGUUUGCUGAGUUCUGGGAGAACAAUUUCAACUGCAAGCUUAAUCGCCAUGCCUUGAAGAAAGGAUCUGGCAUAAAGAAAUGCACAAACCAAGAGAGGAUUGGGAAGGACUCUGCGUAUGAGCAGGAGGGUAAAGUGAUGUUUGUGAUCGACGCUGUCUAUGCCAUGGCCCAUGCCCUCCAUAACAUGCACAGAGACCUGUGUCCAGGCAAGGUGGGCCUCUGUAGCCGAAUGGAGCCAAUCGACGGAGCCCUCCUCCUCAAGUACAUUCGUGAUGUCAAGAUAACAGGCAUAGGUGGAAAUCCAGUGCAGUUCAAUGAAAAUGGAGAUGCCCCAGGCCGCUAUGAUAUCUAUCAGUACCAGAUAAAUAAUAAAACGGCAGAAUACAAAAUCAUUGGCCACUGGACUGACCAGCUCAACCUUAAUAUGCCAGUGAUGCAGUGGCCCGGUGGUGUGCGGCAAGUGCCCUCCUCCACCUGCAGCCAGCCCUGCAAGCCAGGCUGGCGCAAGAAGGUUGUGAAGGGCAUUCCCUGCUGUUGGCACUGCGAACGCUGUGAUGGAUACCAGUACCAGGCUGACCAGUUCACUUGCAAGAUGUGCCGCUUUGACCUGCGCCCUAACAAGAACCACACAGGCUGUCAACCCAUCCCCAUCGUCAAGCUGGAGUGGAGCUCACCGUGGGCGGUCAUCCCUGUCCUCCUGGCUAUCCUGGGCAUCAUGGCCACCCUGUUUGUGGUGGUCACCUUCAUACGCUACAAUGACACUCCAAUUGUGAAGGCAUCGGGACGAGAGCUGAGCUAUGUCCUGCUGACAGGCAUCUUCCUCUGUUAUGCCACUACUUUCCUGAUGAUAUCUGCUCCAGACAUUGGGAUCUGCUCACUCCGACGCAUCUUCCUAGGCCUGGGGAUGAGUAUCAGCUAUGCUGCGCUGCUAACCAAAACCAACCGGAUUUACCGGAUUUUUGAGCAGGGAAAGAUGUCAGUGAGUGCCCCACGGUUCAUCAGUCCAGCAUCCCAGCUGGUGAUCACCUUCAGUCUGAUCUCUGUCCAGCUCCUAGGGGUGUGUAUCUGGUUCGUGGUGGACCCUCCGCAGGCUUUCAUUGACUAUGAGGACCAGCGCAUGGCAAACCCGGAGAUGGCGCGGGGAGUGCUCAAGUGUGACAUCUCUGACUUGUCGCUGAUCUGUUUGCUGGGGUACAGCAUGCUGCUGAUGGUCACGUGUACAGUCUAUGCCAUAAAGACGCGCGGCGUACCAGAGACCUUCAAUGAGGCAAAGCCCAUCGGCUUCACCAUGUACACCACCUGCAUCAUCUGGCUGGCCUUCAUCCCCAUCUUCUUUGGCACAUCGCAAUCUACAGAAAAGAUGUACAUCCAGACGACCACUCUGACCAUCUCCAUCAGCCUGAGUGCAUCUGUGUCUCUGGGUCUACUCUACAUGCCCAAAGUCUACGUGGUGCUCCUCCACCCCGAGCAGAACGUGGCCAAGCGCAGCACACGCAGCCUCAAAGCAGUGGUCACCGCCGCCACCAUGUCCAACAAGUUCAACCCCAAGGUCAGCCUGCGACCUAAUGGAGAGGCCAAGACUGAGCUGUGUGAGAACCUGGAAACGCAAGGACUUAGCCCCAAACAAACGUACAUCAGCUAUAGCAACCAUGCAAUCUAGCAAAAGUGAAAAAGGGCACUACCUAAGAGAGACUUGUCGAAGACAGCGUCUUAAGGUGAACCACUGUUAUGGUUUCCAGAUGGGGGAGAGGCAUGAAAGUGGCCUGCAGACUCCGUGGAAAUGUUCUGGUCAAAGAAGAUCAUGAGAAGACCCUGAGGAAAAUUUCAGAGAUGGUACUGUAUGUCACAUACUAGAAUCCAACAGAACAGACCCAUGCUGGAACCAUCGGCAAAUUCCAUUACAGCUCAUUUUGAUCCACCUGUAUUAACAAUCUGAUGUCUGAAGUUGAUACCCAAAUACGAACCAACCAUCUCAGUUUCAGGUAUGCAUAACAGAAGGGUGGAUGAAAGAACAACAAAAAAAAGAAAGAAAGAUAAAAAUAAUCUCUUUUUCUCAGCAGGGGUUCUCAUGGUUUCCUCUUGGUGAUGGCAACAACAGCAAAGAUCCUUGUUUACAGAUGUUGAGCAUGCUGGUUUUGGCAUCCUGUGUUGUGUUGUUUUUUUAAGGAACAUUUCUGGAAUGCUUUUAAACCAUGUUGCUGUGCUGUUACCACACUAUGAGCCCUUGUGAUAUCAAACUGUUCUAGGUGUAUGGAGUGGUUUUUGAGGUAAUGUUCACUUGUGCUUGAGUUAACUUACCUUUAUUAGGUCAACUUACCCAACUUAGUAGCUGUCACUGCCUUCUGUGCUUUGACAAAAUCUGAAAUCACAGUUAUAUACUGGGGUGAGGCUAGCUCAUGAAGUCUUUACUGGCUCCCUUUAUGAUUACUCUUAGGGGUGAUUGCAGUACUGUGAAAUUAAAAUAACCACUGUCCUAUUCUGUUUGAGCAAUUUGAAAAAAAAAAAAAAAAGGAGAAAAAUGAUAUUCAUAAAACUUAAAUAAUAUUAAGAAAAAUAUUUAAUAGGAAAGCACAGAACAGGGAUAUUACUAUGGAGACCCAUCAGAAUAUAUUUUGCUGCAUUUUGUGGAUGUUCUGUGAAUUUAAGAUUCACCUCUUAUUUUUUCCUUUCUUUUCAUUUCUUUGCACUGUUUGUGUUACCGUAUAAAAUAUCUUCAUGUUGACCGUGCUAAAUGGCAACUUAAUGUGUGUUCCUGAUUGGUAAUGUUUGCGUUCUGUCCUGGGAAAAUAAAUAAACAAACAAAUAAAUAAAAAAUAUAUACAAUCAGGAACAGUGCCUGUACUGAAGUAUUUGUAAAAUAAGAAAAUUGGGGUAUGUGAAGCAUGAUCAUUUUUAUACAUAAGUUGUUUCUAAUAAAAAUAUUUUUCAAAACUCA